CUGGGUAACCAUGACUUGCUGUGAGGGAUGGACAUCCUGCAACGGAUUCUGCCUGCUGAUUCUGCUUCUGCUAGGAGUGAUUCUCAAUGCCAUCCCUCUGGGCAUCAGCUUAGUGGAAGACUCAGCUUCUCAGAAUCCCAUCUCUUGCUAUGAAUGGUGGUUCCCGGGAAUUAUAGGGGCAGGUUUGAUGGCCAUUCCAGCAACAACGAUGUCACUGGCGGCAAGAAAAAGAGCAUGCUGCAACAACAGAACUGGGAUGUUUCUCUCGUCACUUUCCAAUGUGAUCACAGUUAUUGGUGCGGUGUACUGUAUGCUGGUGUCCCUCCAGGCUCUCGCAGAAGGUCCUCUCAUUUGUAACUCUCAAGCCAACAGUACUUCCAGCUGUGAGUUUUCACUGAAAAACCUGAGUAACUUUCAUCCAGAAUCAUUCAAUCUGCAGUGGUUCUUCAAUGACACGUGUGUUCCCAGCAGCUUAGAGAACCCCACCAUCAAUAACAUGGUCAGUAACUGGAGAAUACCCAGGUCCAAUUCUGAAGCGGACAGACACCGGAUUUUCCACUUCUCAGUAUUUCUGAGUCUCCUGCUUGUUGGAAUUCUUGAGGUCCUGUUUGGGCUCAGUCAGAUACUCAUUGGUUUCCUCGGCUGUCUGUGUGGUGUCUCUAGGCAAAGGAGUCAAAUUGUGUAGUUUAAUGGUAAUAGAGAGUACCAGUACUUUGAGUAAUUUGAGAAUUAUGUUUAAAAUAUACACUUUUCUGAGUUCAAUAAUGGAACAUUAUCUGGAGAGCUGAAUCAUUUUAAUGAAAAAAGUUGUUUUUGAAAUCACCCAUCAACCUUUUCACAUAUAAAGCAUGUCGUGCAUGCUGUACGCCUCCACGUGGAGAAAGUCGUUGCCGGUUGAUAGUGUGGCGAAGUGGGGGGGGGGCUUUCAAUUCCUUUGUGGUUUUGUCUUGUUUUUUGUUGUGCUGCUGUGUGUAAAACUUUGUUAGACAUGGUAAUACUUUUAUGGCUACGGAAGUAGGUAUCAAGAGUUUUUGAAGAAAUAUGUAUUUAUAUGUUUAGGGGGAAAGUCACAUUUUUAAAAUACUAAGCCAAAAACCCUAAAGUGACAGAAAGUGUUGUAUUUAGAUGACAGGACACUGCAAUUCAUUCUACUCUAUUUUCAUAUGUACUUUUCAUAAUUUUAUGGUAAUACCUAGAAAAAAAUCUGUCUUCUAAAAGCUGUUUUCUAUAUAUGCUAAUCUUCAAAAGACAGUAACAAAAAUGUACUUACCGUAUUAAAAUGCUAUGAAACAUAUAAAAGUAAAAAUCUACAAUUUUCUGAAUGUUAUCACACCUAUAAUUUAUUCCAAUUUCACUGGGCCUGAGGUUUUGAAAGUGGGGCUGGGGAGAUGGCUCAAUGGCUAGAGACUUGCUGCUCCUGCUUGGGACCUGAGUUUGGUUCCUAGCACCCAAACUGGGUGGCUCACAGCUGCCUGGAAUCCCAGUUUCUGGGAAUGUGAGACCCCCUUCUAG